CUGCAAAUAGAUCGUUAAUUAAUAAGAAAAAUUGUUUUUGAAAACAAAUUUCAAAUAUAAACUGAAAAUUUAACACAUAUAGCAUCUUAAAGCAUUUCAUAAGAUUUGGUAACUAAAUAAAGUAUAACAAUGGAUUCGGAUGACGAUGAUAUGCCUGAGGAAACAGGAAUUAACUUAACCGGCAUAUUGUUUGGAAAUAUUGAUGAUGAUGGCAAACUGCAAGAUGAAGAAUUCGAUGAUAACUUAGAACUUAAACAAAACUUGCAUUCAUUAUCUAAGUUUAGCCACAUAAGUUCUGUUAUAACCUCAAUGUUAGCUGAAGAUGAGAAACUAAGUGAUUUUGAUGCAUUGAAGUCUGGUGUGUCCCCAACUGAAGACGAUGACUACGACGGUGGUAAAGAUGAGGAUGCGGUUGAUUUUUUUGAUAUUGAGGAGUUUUCUGAGGAUUGCUCAAGAUCACCGGUGACGGCAGUACACACAAUAUCUGGAGAGGAUCUUGAGGAUGCAAUACCAGCUAAUAAAGUAGAAGCUAGUCAUUUAAAAAAAGAUGAUAAAGAACUAAUGCCACCACCCAGUCUACCUACACGAAGUGGUAGUACAUCUAAUGAUGACACAAAUCAAAAAAAUGAAAGUAACGAUACUGCAUCAGAACUAGAUAAAUCUCAAAAGCUAAUGGAGCGCAAGCUUGAUACUCCAUUAGCAGAUAUGCUACCAUCGAAAUAUGCUAACGUAGAUGUAAGAGAACUAUUCCCUGAUUUUCGUCCAGAUAAAGUGCUGCGUUUCUCACGUCUUUUUGGUCCAGGUAAACCAUCUAGUUUACCACAAAUUUGGCGCCACGUGAAAAAAAGAAGACGCAAGCGGAAACAAUCAAGAGAUCACAAGAAUGUAAAUGGUGGUUCAGACUCAACAAGUGAUUCUGAAGAGCCCAAGAAAAAGGGUUUUGGUGUUUUUUAUGGACCUGAACCUACACCGGAUCAAUGUAGGUCCGAUGAUGAAGACAAACUGUUAAGCGAAUUAAACGAUGAAGGUGAAAAACAAGAAGACUUAGAAAAUGGUGAAAGUAAUGAAAAUAAACCAAAAAUUGCUGAUUGGCGUUAUGGACCAGCACAGAUUUGGUAUGAUAUGCUUGAAGUGCCUGAUUCUGGAGAAGGAUUUAACUAUGGCUUUAAAGUAAAAUCUUUAGCUGAAUCUAAAAAAAGUCAAAAUGAUUUGGAGAUUUCAUCUCAUGACAAUCUUGAAACUGAAAACGCUCUUCCUGAUGAUGCAUUCUUAAUGUUAUCACAGUUACAUUGGGAAGAUGAUGUGGUUUGGGAUGGAAACGAUAUAAAAGCAAAAGUUUUACAAAAAUUAAAUUCAAAAACUAAUGCUGCUGGUUGGUUACCAUCAAGCGGUUCACGUACUGCCGGUGCAUUCAGUCAGCCUGGUAAAACAAUGCCAGCUUCUGGUACCCCAGGUGGAAAAAUGUCUGGCGGUUCUGGAUCAAGUAGCAAGCAAAAAGCAAAUCAAAUUAUACAGCCGAAACCUGUUGAAUCUAUUGAUGACACUUGGUAUAGCAUAUUUCCUGUUGAAAAUGAGGAAUUAAUUUACACAAAAUGGGAAGAUGAAAUAAUAUGGGAUUCUGCAAAUAUGCAAAAAAUGCCUAAACCAAAAGUUUUAACACUCGAUCCUAAUGAUGAGAACAUAAUAUUAGGUAUACCAGAUGAUAUUGAUCCAUCUAAAAUUAAUAAAAAUACUGGGCCACCACCGAAAAUUAAAAUACCACAUCCACACGUUAAAAAAUCAAAAAUUUUACUUGGAAAAGCUGGUGUAAUUAAUGUAUUAGCAGAAGAUACACCACCUCCACCACCAAAAAGUCCUGAUCGCGAUCCAUUUAACAUAUCAAAUGAUUCAUAUUAUAUGCCGAAGACUGAACCGACUUUCCGCCUUAAAGCUGGAGGCGGUAAUUUAAUACAGCAUUCAACACCAGUAGUAGAAUUACGUGCUCCUUUUAUACCCACACAUAUGGGACCAAUGAAGCUACGUGCCUUCCAUCGACCACCAUUAAAGAAAUAUUCCCAUGGUGUAUUAUCACAAACCAUACAACAUCAAGUGCUACCAUUGCUUAAAAACAUUGCGAAAAAAGCGAAGCAAAGGGAGUUGGAAAGAAUUGCAUCAGGUGGUGGUGAUGUAUUUUUUAUGCGUAAUCCAGAGGAUUUAAGUGGUAAAGAUGGAGAUAUUAUUUUAGCUGAAUUUUGCGAAGAGCAUCCACCAUUGAUGAAUCAAGUUGGCAUGUGUUCGAAAAUUAAAAACUAUUAUAAACGUAAAGCAGCAAAGGAUAAUUGUACAAAAGACUUUAAAUAUGGCGAAGUGGCUUUUGCACAUACAAGUCCUUUUCUUGGUAUUCUACAUCCUGGACAGUGUAUACAGACUAUCGAAAACAAUAUGUACCGUGCACCGAUAUACCCACAUAAAAUCAAUACUACUGAUUUCUUAGUAAUACGUUCUCGAAAUAAUUAUUGGAUACGAUCUGUCGACGCAUUAUUUACAGUGGGACAAGAAUGUCCAUUAUUUGAAGUACCAGGGCCAAAUUCGAAGAGAGCAAACAAUUUCACACGUGAUUUUUUGCAGGUGUUUAUAUAUAGAUUAUUUUGGAAAAGUACAGAUAAUCCGCGUAGAAUUCGUAUGGAUGAUAUUAAACGUGCCUUUCCAGCACAUUCUGAGAGCAGCAUUCGUAAGCGUCUUAAACAAUGUGCUGAUUUUAAACGUACUGGUAUGGAUUCAAAUUGGUGGGUAAUCAAACCAGAAUUCCGAUUACCGUCAGAGGAGGAAAUACGUGCUAUGGUAUCACCUGAACAAUGCUGUGCUUAUUUUAGUAUGAUAGCAGCUGAACAAAGACUUAAGGACGCUGGUUAUGGUGAAAAAUUUUUAUUUGCACCGCAAGAAGAUGAUGAUGAGGAAGAGCAAAUGAAACUUGAUGAUGAAGUUAAAGUUGCACCAUGGAAUACAACACGAGCUUACAUACAAGCUAUGCGUGGAAAGUGCUUGUUACAAUUGACUGGUCCUGCAGAUCCCACAGGUUGCGGAGAAGGUUUUUCAUAUGUUCGAGUUCCAAAUAAACCCACUCAAACGAAAGAGGAACAAGAGUCUCAACCAAAACGUACUGUCACAGGUACCGAUGCCGAUUUACGUCGCUUGCCUCUACAACGAGCUAAAGAAUUGCUACGUAAAUUCAAAGUUCCGGAAGAGGAAAUCAAAAAACUUUCUCGUUGGGAAGUAAUUGAUGUCGUGCGUACGCUUUCUACUGAAAAGGCUAAAGCUGGUGAACAAGGCAUGGAUAAAUUUUCACGUGGUAAUCGUUUCUCAAUAGCAGAACAUCAAGAACGCUAUAAAGAAGAAUGUCAACGUAUAUUUGAUUUACAAAAUCGUGUUUUGGCUAGCGAAGAAGUGCUUUCAACUGACGAAGCCGAAUCCUCAGCAUCUGAAGAAUCAGAUUUAGAAGAGCUUGGUAAAAACUUGGAAAAUAUGUUGUCAAAUAAAAAAACAUCAACCCAGCUUUCUAUGGAACGUGAGGAGCAAGAAAGACAAGAAUUAUUGAAAAAAUUCAUGGAAGAGCAGGAGAGCAGUAAUUCCAAAGGUGGUAAAUCAAAGGAUGGUAAAGAUGAAAACUCCCAACAACCAGUGCAAAAUCCAAAUCAAGGUCGCAUCUUGAAAAUAACUCGAACUUUCAAAAACCAAGAAGGUAAAGAAUAUACACGAGUUGAAUUGGUACGUCGCGCACCUGUCAUAGAUGCAUAUGUAAAAAUACGCACUACAAAGGAUGAGCAGUUCAUUAAACAAUUUGCCACAUUAGAUGAACAACAAAAAGAAGAGAUGAAACGAGAAAAACGACGUAUUCAAGAGCAAUUGCGACGUAUUAAACGUAAUCAGGAACGUGAUCGUUUAGCGCAAUUAGCACAAAAUCAAAAGUUACAGCCUGGUGGUAUGCCUACAUCUUUGGGUGACCCCAAAUCAUCUGGUGGAUCAUCACAUAAAGAACGUGAUACAAGUCAUAAAGAAGUUAGUCCGUCACGAAAGAAAUUCAAACUGAAACCAGAUUUGAAACUUAAAUGUGGAGCAUGUGGACAGGUUGGCCAUAUGCGUACCAACAAGGCAUGUCCUCUUUAUACUGGCACACAGUGUCCUUCCACACCAGUAAAUGUAACAAUUCCCGAAGAGCCAGAAGAGGAAGUGGAAAAAGAAGUUAAUGUAGAAGAUGAUGAUUUUGUUAAUGUGGACGGAACCAAAGUAACGCUGAGCAGUAAAUUGCUUAAACGUCACGAGGAUCUGAAGCGUCGCACAUUAUUAUUGAAAGUGGCAAAAGAUGGUACUGGCAAGAAGAAACGACGCAUGGCUGGUGAUUUGCAUUGUGACUACCUGCAUCUUCGAAAUGAGAAAAUGAAAAUGAGUCAAUAA